AAAGAAAAUAUUUAUGGAUUUUUUGGUUCAUAAUUAAGUGCUUCGAGGAAAAACAGAAAAAGGAAUAAACUUAAAAGACUGUUAUAGAUUUAAAAUAAACUUUUUUUAAACAAAAAAUAAUGUAUAAACUGUUCAUAGUCUCCUGUCUAGUGAUUGCUUUGCAAAUAGUCAAAGCUCAACAACAACAGUACACCACACCAGUGCCAAUUCUAAAACAGAUCGACAGACAAAAUUCAGAUGGUUCGUACACGUACGGAUAUGAAGCGGCAGAUAAAAGUUUUAAAAUUGAAACGAAAUAUCCCAAUGGAGAAGUGUAUGGCAAAUAUGGUUAUGUGGACGAUCAGGGGAGUGUGCGGGAAAUAGAGUAUGGUGCCACAAAAAGAGGUUUUGAACCAGCAGGCAGUGACAUAAAUGUACCACCACCCACAUUGACCAACAGUAAAGCUACACCUUUGGGUCCCAAUGAAAUCGACGAUGGCCAGUAUCGUGAAAAUCCUGCUGAUUAUUAUACUGGUCAAAAAUACAAUCGCCCAGUGGCUGCCAGUAAAUUUAGUUUGAAUAACUACCAACAGCCCAGACCCCAACCAGCCUAUAACCCUCCAGCACCAGCCUAUAACCCACCAGCACCAGCCCACAAUCCAUCCUCAGUAUUUAAUCAUGCGCCCGCUUUUAGACCUCAAGCACCAGCUCCAGCUCCCCAACCACAAUAUUAUAAUCCACCUCCACAACAGCCCCACUACCAGCCUAACUACCAGCCCAAUUACUAUCAACAACCUCAAGCACCCCAGCCCCAAUAUAAUCCCUAUAAUCCACGCAGUUCUCCCAGUCACUUUCAUCCAGCCGUUAAGAGUCUUGACAUUUGGAGUGGUUCUUAUAGUUUGGAUUAUACGGGUAGAAAGUAGACUUACGCAGAUUUGCAGCUGUUGUUGAAGAUGUGUCAAGGGUUUAGUAAUUUAAGUGCAAAAGAAAUGAUCAAAUUGUUAGAAAUAUAAAGUAUCCUUAGAUUGUCUGCCAUUAAGACUAAAAACUUAUGAAAUAUUUACUAUUCAUUUUUUGUGU